AUGAAGGUGCAGUCGGUUGUUUUGCCGGUGGCUGUGUUUUCGACGUUGGGGGCGGCGCUUAUUUUGCCGUGGAUGGAUCCUGAGAUACGUCUUGAUGUAGGUCUUCAUGGGCGGGGACCUCACGGCAGGGUUCCCCCUCCCCACCACCACAAGAUGGGAGAGCACGGCAGGGGUCGUGGCAAGGGACAUCAUCGUGGUAGUAGUGUUUUGUUGGUGGAUGAUGAGGAGGACAAGGUGUCUCCUAUGUUCGAGUAUUUUGAGUUUGAUUCGUCGCAGGAUUUUGUUGAUAUGAAGCUAGCUUCUUUGUCUGAUAACUCGAGGGCUAUACCUCACAGGUAUAUUGUUAUUUUCAAGGAUGGUGUGACGGACUAUGAUGUCGGGAUGCAUCAGGAUUUGGUUACGACGGCGCAUAUGGAGACUAUUGCGCAGCUUGACCCGGGGCAUUCUUUCUUUGAUGCCACUGAGGGUAUGCAUCACGAAGGGAUUUCGGCUAGGAGUGUGGAAGGGGGUAUUGAGGAGAUGUUUGAGAUUGCAGGUUCGCUGAGGGGCUACUUUGGAUACUUUACUGAUGGCAUGUUGGAUCUAAUUCGUGAAAGUGGCUUGGUUAAGUUGAUUGAGCAGGACUCUAUAGUUCAUGCUUCGGAUUUUGAAACUCAGACUGGGGCUCCUUGGGGUUUGGCUCGUGUUUCUCAUCGUGAAAGAUUGAACCUUGGCUCUUUCAACAAGUACCUUUACGAUGACAAUGCUGGGAAAGGUGUGACAGCUUAUGUGAUUGAUACAGGUAUUAAUAUUGAUCACGUUGAAUUUGAAGGACGUGCCCAGUGGGGUAAGACGAUUCCAUCUAAUGAUGCUGACUAUGAUGGCAACGGGCACGGCACGCAUUGUGCGGGUACCAUUGCGUCCAAGACGUACGGUGUUGCUAAGAAUGCCAAAGUUGUCGCUGUUAAAGUUUUGAGAACCAACGGUACUGGUACGAUGUCUGAUGUUUUGAGGGGUGUGGAGUAUGUUGUUGCAGAGCACAGAAAGGCUUCUGGAGAUCCUAACUUCAAGGGUUCUACCGCCAAUAUGUCGUUGGGUGGUGGCAAGUCUGCUGCCUUGGAACUGGCUGUUGACGCUGCUGUGGCUGCUGGUAUCCACUUUGCUGUAGCUGCGGGUAACGAAAACCAGGAUGCUUGUAAUACUUCCCCAGCUUCCUCGAAGAAGUGUAUCACUGUUGCUGCGUCUACGUUGUCAGACGACAGAGCUUAUUUCUCCAACUGGGGUUCCUGUGUUGACAUUUUUGCACCAGGUUUGAACAUCUUGUCGACUUACAUUGGGUCUGACACUGCCGUUGCCACCCUAUCCGGUACUUCUAUGGCUUCCCCACAUGUUGCAGGUUUGCUGGCUUACUUUUUAUCUCUCCAACCUGAUUCUGGCUCUGAAUACUACACUGGUUCUUCAAUUAGCCCAGAAGCCUUGAAGAAGAAGAUCGUGGCUUACGGCUCCAAGAAUUUGUUGAAUAAUGUGCCAGCUAGAACAGCUAAUAAUUUGAUUUUCAAUGGUGGUGGCGGAAGCUUGGACAGCUUCUGGAAUAGUAAAUGUGAUGGCUGUGAGCAGGAAAAGGUAAGCAGUUCCCACGGUAAAGCAGAUGACUUUGAAUCUGAAAGCUUAAUGGAUUGUCUUCAUUCGACCAGUCAUUCAUUAUUUGGGGAGAUCAGAAACUUCUUGGAUAGACUUGAUCUCAUUUAA